AGUCGCAAGGAAAGUCGUAACAAGGGGGGUGGGUCAAAGCUCACUUAGCACAUGUUUCACUUAGCAACAUCCAUGCUGGGCUCAGCUGUGGUUGUAAGUUUGGGGACCGCCUGUAUGUUCUUGUUACGUAACUUCCAGGCAGCAACUGGGUCCUUAUAUCCUUAUCACCCUCUCCUGGCCUUUCGAGCUAGCAAAAACUCAAGGAAAAAUCCAGGAGCCAGAGUGCCGCAUAUCCCCAACCCAUUUCUUUCCAAAAAGGAGAGCUGAGAAGAGGCCUUUUCUUUAAAAACAAAGAUAAUAAUAAUCCAAGGCUGGCACAAAAGACAGACGGGGUCAACCAGCGCUCCUUUUGAAUCCGACAAGCCUCCACUCAGCUAACAGUGUGCUGUGUCAGCUGCUGACGUCAGAGCCAGUCUGGAAAUGGGAUGCUUUGCAAGCUUUGUUAUUUUAGAUCUGAGCUGGCGGGAAGAGUUGCUGGACGGGAAGAGAGAGAGAGAGCUAGCUGCUCUCUCAUUCCUUCUCUUCUUAGGCUGAGACUACGAUGCUGGGCUAACCAGGGGGGUGAUACGUGCCAGAAAACCUAUGUACAUACUCCAGAAAGCCAUGAGGGAAACUAUGCCACAGACACCAAUCUUUUCCAGCAUGCUCGGGACGGGAUGUAGAGGACAGGUGCAACCAGACACAGGCGAGAGGAAUAGCGAUCCUGUCUAUCAGGAUGGGAACCUUAUUUCUGGAUCCCUGGAGGUCCUCAUCCAGCAUCUGGUGCCCACCAUGGAUUACUACCCAGAUAGGACAUACAUUUUCACCUUCCUCCUGAGUUCCCGGGUCUUCAUUCAUCCUCACGAGCUCUUGGCUAAAGUUGGACACCUCUGUCUUAAGCAGAAACAGCAGCUGGAGACCGGGGUGGAAGCAGACAAGGGGAAGCUCAAGGCCUUUGCAGCAAAGAUAAUCCAGCUUCUGAAAGAAUGGACUGAAACGUUUCCAUAUGACUUCCAGGAUGAGAAACCCAUGAAGGAGCUAAAGGAAAUUGCUCACCGGAUCACCCAGUGUGAUGAGGAAAAUGGGACGGUCAAGAAGAUCAUCAGCCAGAUGACGCAAGAGCUUCUGAUGGCUCUCGCUGCCCGUAAUCAAUACCAAGAAAUCCGGGAGAAGUUUCGUCAACCGGGGAUGGACAAAGGCCCAAUCCUUAAAACAAAGCCACAAUCAUCCCAGAAGGACAUUCUGAGUGUUUGCUGUGACCCGCUGGUCCUCGCGCAGCAACUAACACAUAUUGAACUGGAAAGGGUAAGCAACAUUUACCCAGAAGAUCUCAUGCAAAUAGUCAGCCACAUGGACUCCUUGGAUAACCACAAGUGCCGAAGUGAUGUGACGAAGACUUACAAUCUGGAAGCCUACGACAAUUGGUUUAACUGCCUCAGCAUGUUGGUGGCGACAGAGAUUUGUAAGGUGGUGAAGAAAAAGCAGAGAACGAGAAUCAUGGAAUUUUUCAUUGACGUGGCAAGAGAAUGCUUCAACAUUGGAAAUUUCAACUCCAUGAUGGCUAUUAUUUCUGGCAUGAACUUGAGUCCUGUUGCCCGGCUAAAGAAAACAUGGUCCAAAGUGAAAACGGCCAAAUUUGAUGUUUUAGAGCAUCACAUGGAUCCAUCAAGCAACUUUUGUAAUUAUCGGACGGCUCUUCAAGGGGCAGCCCAGAGAUCUCAGACAGCACACAGCAGCCGGGAGAAAAUUGUCAUCCCUGUUUUCAAUCUUUUCAUUAAAGAUAUCUACUUCCUGCAUAAGAUACACACCAAUCACUUGCCGAACGGACAAAUCAACUUCAAGAAAUUCUGGGAAAUUUCAAGGCAAAUCCAUGACUUUGUCACGUGGAAACAGGUGGAAUGUCCUUUUGAAAAGGACAGGAAGAUUCAGAGCUAUCUACUCACGGCACCCAUUUACAGUGAAGAAGCUUUGUUUAUUGCCUCGUUUGAAAGUGAAGGUCCAGAAAAUCACAUGGAGAAAGACAGCUGGAAGACUCUCAGGACAACACUCCUCAACCGAGCCUGAGAAUUGGGACUUUGGAUUUUAAAGCACACUCUACAAAUACUGUUAAAACAACAAAAAAAAAAACAACUCCUGAAUGACUUGGUUUGUGAAAAGAAGGCCUCGCUGGCUGGGGUCUGUUUUGUAUAUAUAUACAUAUAUAUACAUAUAUAUGAUACCUUUUAUGAAUGACUGAAAACAAAAUGUGCUCGAACAUAUUUCAAGUCAACUUUAAGGCACUUAAUGAAGGUUUUUGGUUUGUUUGUUUUUUUUUAAAAUCAAGGGCAGGGCCCUGGUCUCAAGAGUUGAAAUGGACUGUGGGGAAAGUAGAAUCCGUGAUGACGUCUUCUCCAAGGGCCAUCGCGAAACUUUAUUUUCAUGUGUGACAAUUUCUACCCAACACUGUACGUGUACAAUCUCCGAGGGAGUCGGUACACUCACUUCUAAAAGUUCCCCUCGAUUGUGCGUGUGUGCCUGGCGCUUCCUGGUGAAGAGCAUCGUGGUCUUGCGUGUGCCUGGCAUGUUCGUGGCGUGGAAACCACUGACCCAAAAAGGCAACCGAGUUGAUUUCAGGAUUAACCCAGGUUGAUUUAACUAUGAAACUUUAAGCACGGAAGCCUUGGUCAAACUACACACUCAUUGAAGUGAACUGAUAUUCUGAUAAUUGUGCUUCUUCUUUACUGCCAAGUUUCUAGCUAUACUUUUCUCCUCCUCCCCCCACCCCCUGGGUUGAAUCUAGUGAAGGAGGCAUCAGCCUAGAGGGAUUUAAAAGGGUAAAUUUGUUUGUCUCAAGGCUGUCCUAGAUAAUGCAAUAUAUUUCAUAGGGUCAUUCUUACAGAAUCAUCCUGGGUUUUGUUUGUGUUCUACUUUCUUUGUUUUUUCACCUCCAGUGUCGUGGCAGAUGCCUUUGCCUUUCUACUUAACACUACGGAUGUACAAAUCCUUUGGGAAAUGUACAAGGCUGCUUAUCCCCCCUCCCAAAAUGGUUACAUUGUCCAUUCCCGCCUCCAUGAGAAUCAUGGUUGCUUGGGAAGCUAUAUGCAUGCGUGCACGGAGUUACAUAGAUUAUCCACCCCCCAAUCCCCAGUGAAGUGGAAAGCAUUACCUGGAAACAUACUCUGCAGGGUAUGAUUUAAAGAAAAUUCAAUAUGGUGGUCACGGACGAGUGACAGAAGCCAUAUCUUCACUGCCCCACAUGCAUAACAAAAGGGCAGAGUUCCAAUCGCACCACCAUGGACGCUACGUUGACUUUUCUCACCAUGCCUUGAGGAGUCUUCCCGAUGCUGUGGGAAAUUUGGGCAAAGAGGCGGCUGUUUUAAAAGGCUUAGUAGUUCCAAAGUAACGUCUUCAAAAGUUCUGCACAACCUUACUUGAAACAGCCAACCAAAUCAAUUAACAUUUAUCCAGAAUCUAACCCUAAAGACAAAGAUGUUAGGUUAGUGGCUUGUUCAAGUAACUGUGUAGAGAAAAAAAAAACAAUGUGGAAAAGUGUGGUGUAAGAAGACUGAGCUAAAUCUUUCUCCCCAGAUACCAGGGUUUUCCAUUGACUUGGGGGUUGCUAAAACAAGGCAACUUAAAGUAAGUGCACAAAAGGAAUGUUCCUCAUUACCUGCUCCUCUUGCAGGGGCUGCAGCCCCAAGGAAGCCUCUUUGAAGGAUCAAAGAACCUUCAUGAACAUGUGGCUAGGCCAUGUGUAAGUGAAGGAAACUGCAAAUUCCUUUGAAAAAGAUAAAGAUCCAAUUCUGAGGAAGCUCUGCUGGCAGGGCAAAAGUAGGGAGAAAAGAUUUUUUAAUCUCUCCUUUCUCAAAAUACAGAAUUUUUUUCCCGCCUGCAAGCCCUUGGUGGCAUCUACACCACCUUAGAGAAAUAUUUGGCUGACCUUGGAUGGGAGUAGAAAAUCCUAGAAGCUAGACUGAGAGGUUUAAAAAUGCCGCAGCCCACGUUAUUAAUCAUAUCUAUAUUUUUUUUUUCAAAGAAGUUUCUUGGAUAUGUCCAUGGGUUGAGGUUGACUUGGAGAGAGUCCAAGGAGAGUCUCAGCAGACCCCGUUGCCCUGCUCUCAGCCUGCCUCUCUUCUCUCUUUGGCUUUUAGACCUGGACUGCAAAUCUGCAAAGGAUCCUCAGGAGGGUGGCCUUGGGUUACAGCAAACCCUUUGCUGCCAUCUGGUGGCUGACUCCAUUUUUGCAGCUCAGAUGUGACUGCCCCAUAUUUGAUCAACCAACCUUAGAAGCUGGUGGUGCAGGGAAGGAGAGUGAUGUGCCUGUAAAGCUUUCAUCCCUACUUUAGAAAGGAAAUCAAAACUAACACACACACACACAAACACACCUUAUAACUCCAGAAAUGCUCUCCAAAGGACCAAAGAUUGCAGCUUGAAUGCGCUUGUUGUAAGAAUGCAAGCCAACUUUCAUUUUCAUGGGGAGCCUUCAAAUGCAUCAUCCCCAGCCUGAUUUAUCCCAGAUUAAGCUUCCUUGUUGCAUUUUCCCAUUGUGUUGCAGUAUAAAGGGACUUUUUAUCAAUUGGAAGAGAGUAUUGGUGCCCCCGUCACAACAACACAACACACAAGGAUUCUGUCCUUCCUUUCUCUGGCCUUAAUCGUUCUAGCAGCCUAGCUGCCCCCUCUUACAUCAAGAAAUUAGUGCCUUAACAAGGUACUGAAAACCUUUAGCGUACCUUCUUUUACAAUUCCGCAUCAGAAACAAGCAAAUUAAAAACUAGGGAUGUCUCAAAAAAACCAGCUAUCGCUUUGUAAAUAACCUGGAGGAUACAGAUCAGACAGAAUAAGAGUCUAGCUUUCUCUGGAUUUUUAAUGGUGCAGCAGAACUUAUUUUUCUUACAAAAGACAAUAGGAGAAUUAUUCAUUUUUUUUCUUUGUUUGUUUGUUUCCUCUUUAAGACAGUUUUACCAAUUUUAAGAACUUUUUUUUCAUUUGCGUCUGAAUGUGUUCGUUGGGGAUAUAAAAUUUGAAGGAAUCAGAGUCUUGAGCAACCGGUGGUAGGGUAUUGACUAUUAUAAUCCGUAAAUACAAAAAUCAGCUUGCUAGAUUUCCUUAAAUCCAGUGGUGGGAUUCAGCUGGUUUGCACCAGUUCGGCAGAACCAGUAGCUAAUUUUUUUGUUGCCCAGGACUUCCGGAAGCGGCAUCCACACAGAGAACCGGUUGUUCUCCUUUUUGAAUCCCAUCCCUGCUGAAAUCCACCGUACAAGCUCAGAAGAGAUGCUGAAUGUAAAGAAAGACCAUCUUUCUGGUCUGGCGAAAAACAUAAAAUGACAGCAUCUUCUCUUCGUCUUGGCUACUAGCUAAUGGAUAUACAGAUAACUCUAUCUGUAUAACCCAAUAGAGUAACUCUAUAUUAAGAGUUAAAGCCAUCACGGAGCUUGGUAGAUUGGGACAACUUUAAGAAGGAAAGAAAAACCGUGCUGCCUCCUUGCUAGAGUCUCAAGAGGAGGUAAAUUGCUCAUUGAAUAUAUUUAUUUUUUUUUAAAAAAAAAAAUCUCCCGAUCGAUUGAAUUCAUAAUUAUUCUGGCUGUAUUAUUCACUAGAAUUGACCGUCUUCACUCUUGCUGAAUCCUUGGAUCCUGUUACGGAAUUGAGACCGUGUAUUUUUUUAAAAAGUUAUCUGGGACAUCUGCCAUGUUCUAUUUCCAUUAGAACCAAGUUUUAAAUGUGUAUAUAUCUAUAUAUAUAUUUCGCUGCCUCCUGUUUAUUUAUUCUGUUCUCAAUGUGUUUUCUUCUGAUCAUCAUAAAUCUAACUUCUUGCUUUCCGAGUUUUAAAAUUGCAUUAGUUUCGGUGGGGAAAAAAUAAAUAAAGAGAGGUGAACAUUCAAGCAAAUAAAGGCUUGGAAGGCCAAAAUGGGUUGAGACAGAUGGUCCUUGGUUUACAAUUCAUUUAGUGACCGUUUGAAUUUACAACUGUACUGAAAAAAGCAACUUAGGACUCUUUUUCACACUUCUUCACACAGCAUCCCUGUGGUCACAUGAUCAAAAUUCAGACACCUGGUUACUGAUUCACAUUUAUGACCGUCGCGGUAUCCCGGGUUCAUGUGAUCCUUUCUGACAAGCAAGAUUGUAAGCCAAGGACCAACUGCAUUGUAGCUAUUAUAACUUUUUAAGACAGCCUUGUCCUUUCCUAGGAGAAAAUGCAACUGUGUUAAAAAAAAGUUUGCAGAUAUAUGCUCUGUUCUCACCUUUGGCUUCCAAAUCCAAUUGGUUAAAUGGAUCUGUUAUCCAUACAGGCAAGCUAAUUUACUUGAUUUUGCUCAGCUAAACCAUGGUUGGCUACUCUGUGGUUCAGCUGUGGUCAGAAAAAAAAAAGCCACUGCAUCAAAGUAAAAGGCUUUAAAAAAAUUGGAUAAAAGCUGAAAAACAGUUUGGCCAAGUCAGAGAAAGAGAGAUAAAACAGUCCCCACGUACUACAGUGGGGAAAAAAAAAUGUGGGAAAAAAAAUCACGAAGCUAGCCAGUUCUGUUUAAAAUAUAUAUUCAUUCUAAAACGUAUGUCUAAAUCAUGGGAAUUCCAUUAGCUCAUUGUUACUCCCCAACUUUCUAAUUUAAAUUAGGAGAAACCUUUUUUAAUUUAUUCAGUAAUGGUUUACCAUUUUACAUUUAUGAGUUCCAAAUGGAGGGCCGUUAAAAUACUAUGAAAUGUGUGCAUAUGUACAUGUUAUAUGCACAAUAAAUAAAUCUUAUUUCAUUCUUUUGAUCGAUAUAUCAGAAAAUCUAUCCAGCUGACUCAAAAUACAUUUUGCCAAAAGCAUUUCACUACUUACAUUCAAACUGUUCAGGAUACAAGGAGAAAGCAAUGAAAGAAACAAUGAAAUUGAUUUACACCAAAAAAAAUAAAAAUACUAUGAAUUUAUAGAACAAGAUCCCCAUAAAGGCAGGCUAGAAUUAAUGGCUUGUUUUAUUGGUUGAGCUGCUAUUUUUUCCUAUCCUGAAGUAUUGAUUUUCGAUCCCAGUGGGGAGAAAAAUAUAUAUAUAUAUUUGUACUGUAUUAUUUCAAUGAGUUUUGUUUUGUUUUUUCUUUUUUGCACUUUGAGAGGUGUCAAAUCCUAUGAAAGGGAUUGUACAUUUGGCUUUGUUGAUGUAUUUGACAUUUACAACAGGAUGCUUCAAAUUUCAUAUGUGAGAAACACAAUUCUGGAUUACAUGAUGUGUAGGCAUAUUUAAGAUGAAAAAUAAUAAAAGCUUGGAUAUGAA